AUGUCUAAUUCACAAUCCGACCCUUCCAAGCUGGAAUAUGGAGUCACAAAUGGUGACACCAUCACACCUCAACAUACAAACCGGUCUACACAAUUCGACAAUGGCCACUAUGGACCCCUGGCACAAGUCAAUACAGCAGGCACCCUCUAUCCUCCAUUCGCAGGACAGUUCCAACCGGGUACAUUCCGUCCUGGUCCUGUAGAGCAGCGCAAGAUUGCCAACCCGGCUCCAUUGGGCCUGUGUGGUUUCGCCAUGACAGCCUUUGUGCUUGGUUGUAUCACCAUGAAAACGCGCGGAAUCACGGAGCCUUAUAUGUUCGUAGGCCCUUCUUAUGCAUAUGGAGGCCUUGUUCAAAUUCUUUCCGGAAUGUGGGAAAUGGCCGUUGGGAACACAUUUGGCGCAACGGUGUUGACUUCAUACGGUGGAUUCUGGAUCGCAAUGGCAAUUACUUUCACUCCGGGUGGAUUUGAGAUUUCACAAGAGCUGGCCAAAGCCGAUAAUGGAUCUAUGGGGAUGUUCUAUGAUUCUCUCGGUCUUUUUCUUAUGGGAUGGUUCAUCUUCACUUUUCUGAUGAUGCUUUGCACAAUGAAGUCAACAGUCGUUUUCUUCUCGCUCUUCUUCUCACUCGAUUUGGCCUUUCUUCUUCUAGGAUUAGGCUACCUGAUCCGUGAUGACAGGGAAGAUCCAAACCAGAAAACCCUCACGGCUGGCGGCUUCUUCGCUCUUCUGGCCGCGUUCCUAGCUUGGUGGGCAGCCUUUGCCGGGGUCGCGGAUACCAGCAACAGCUUCUUUAUUGUCCCUGUCUGGCACUUCCCGUGGUCUGACAAGGGAAAGGCGUCCCGUAGGAAAGUGUGA